CAUGACUUGAGAAAAUCCACCAUGGCGGAUGAGUAGUCAUUUAAUUUGCUGAAGUAGAUGUUUUGCCGAAUGGUUCACCUGAGGGUGAUAUUUUUUGAAACUGUGAAUUAAUCUCGUAGUCAGAAUGGCGUUGACUAGCCGUUUACUACGGUGUCAGUCACUCGUGGGACUUCGCUCAUUCAUCAAACCUCGCUUGACAAGUAUGUUACCAGCGCAUCAGUCACCAUCAGCUCGCUGGUAUCAUUGUGGCAAAGCUCUUGCACCUCCACCAAAGCCAAAGCCAUUGGAUAUAGAAGACCUACCUUGCUAUGGUGACUUCAGUUCAAGCGUUUGCAAGUUUAUUGCAACAAGAGACUAUGAAAACCACGACUCAGGGAUACUUGCUUGGGUGACUUCAUUCUCUUUUGAGAAUCCUCUGGGAUUAGUGGAGUUAAAUGAAUUUGUCUUUGGAGCAAACCCUAGGAUUGACAUUUUACACAGAGUUGUUGUUUGGUGGAGAGCAAAAAACAGAGCUGGUACUGCAAAAGUCAAAAACCGUGCAGAAAGAAGAGGUGGUGGAAGAAAGCCCUGGAGACAGAAAGGAACUGGAAGAGCACGGCAAGGCAGCAUAAGAGCUCCACAGUGGAGAAAAGGUGGUAGAGUACACGGUCCUGUGCCAAAGAGCUAUAAGUAUGGAUUGCCAAAAAAAGUCAGAAGAAUGGGUCUUCGUACCGCUCUCUCUGUCAGAUAUGCACAGGGACAUUUACACAUUGUAGAUUCAUUUGAGGAUAUUGAAAAUGAUAGGGAUUUGAUUCCAGUCUUGGAUAAAAGAGGCUGGACAAAUGUAGUCCUGGUUGAUUCCACACCUAACGAGGUAAUCGCUGAAGCUGCGCAAGGGUUGAAAACUGUGGAUGUGCGUCAUCCCAAAAAUCUGGAUGUCUACACAAUAUUACAUCGCAAAAAUAUUGUGAUGUCCUUGAAAGCUGUUGAGUUUCUAGAAGACAUCCUUUGUGAAGAUGAUAGGAUACUUGUUAACAAGUUUGAGUGAGCUUUUCUUGUAGCUUUUCUCCUGCUUUGUAAAUAUUCCAUUUUAAUAGUAAAUAAACAAUUCUAUUCAGACAAA